AUGGGCCGUCUGCAGGGCUGGCGCCGGGCCGAGACCACAGAGCUACUGGCGGGCCCCUCCCGCCAACCGCCUCCCGCUAACCGCCUCCCGCCUCCCGCAGCGGCGGCCAAGGCAGAGCCCCCGUCGCUGCUCCUCGCAGCGGGCUCCACUCCUGCCCCCGAGACGCCCCCUCCCCGCCUCUGCGCCCGGCGGAAGCCCGGGCUGAGUUCUCCGCGGAUUGCUUGCCCUGUCCUCUCCGGGACUCCAGCCCAGCUGCGUCUCCCACCGUGCAAACUUCAGCCCCUGGCCGCCGAAUGGUGCUCCAUGUUGCUACGGCAGCCCCAGCUCUCCGUGACCUUCCAGCUCAGACUCCACUGCAAUUUCAAAUGCCGGGGACAGGGCAUCCGGCCACACGGAUCUGCCCAGCUGUUCAUGGCUACCAGUGACCUGAUGUCAGAGCUGCAGAAGGACUCCAUCCAGCUGGAUGAGGACAGCGAGCGCAAGGUGGUAAAGAUGCUUCUCAGGCUUCUAGAGGACAAGAACGGGGAGGUGCAGAACCUGGCGGUUAAGUGCCUGGGUCCUCUGGUGGGCAAAGUGAAGGAGUACCAGGUGGAGACCAUCGUGGAUGCCCUCUGUGCCAACAUGCGGUCAGACAAGGAGCAGCUCCGAGACAUCGCUGGCAUCGGCCUCAAGACCGUCCUGUCGGAGCUCCCGCCUGCAGCCACAGGCUCUGGCCUGGCCACCAGUGUGUGCCGGAAGAUCACAGGCCAGCUCACCAGUGCCAUCGCCCAGCAGGAGGACGCGGCUGUGCAGCUGGAAGCCCUGGACAUCCUCUCUGACAUGCUGAGCAGGCUGGGCGCCCCGCUGGGCGCCUUCCACGCCAGCCUCCUGCACUGUCUGCUGCCGCAGCUGAGCAGUCCGCGCCUGGCCGUGCGCAAGCGGGCCGUUGGGGCGCUCGGCCACCUGGCGGCCGCCUGCAGCACCGACCUCUUCGUCGAGCUUGCAGACCACCUGCUGGACCGGCUGCCCGGCCCACGCGCGCCUGCGAGCCCCGCGGCGAUCCGUACCCUGAUCCAGUGUCUGGGCAGCGUUGGCCGCCAGGCAGGCCACCGCCUCGGGACCCAUCUGGACCGACUGGUGCCCCUGGUGGAGGAGUUCUGCAAGCUGGAUGAUGAUGAGCUUCGGGAGUCCUGCCUCCAGGCCUUCGAGGCCUUCCUGAGGAAGUGCCCCAAGGAGAUGGGCCCCCACGUGCCCAGUGUGACCAGCCUCUGCCUCCAGUACAUAAAGCAUGACCCCAACUAUAACUGUGACAGUGACGAGGAAGAGGAGAAGAUGGAGACGGAGGACAGUGAGUUCAGUGAGCAGCAGAGCGAGGACGAGUACAGCGAUGAUGAUGACAUGAGCUGGAAGGUGCGCCGGGCAGCGGCCAAGUGCCUGGUGGCCCUGAUCAGCUCUCGGCCCGACCUGCUGACCAAUUUCCACUGCACCCUGGCGCCCGUGCUCAUCCGCCGCUUCAGGGAACGCGAGGAGAACGUCAAGGCCGACGUGUUCGGGGCUUACAUCGUGCUGCUGCGGCAGACGCGGUCCCUGAAGGGAUGGCUGGAGGCCGUGGAGGAGCCCACCCAGUCGGGCAGCAACCUCCAGAUGCUGCGAGGACAGGUGCCUCUUGUGAUGAAGGCCCUGCAGCGGCAGCUUAAAGAUCGGAGUGUCAGGGCCCGCCAGGGUUGCUUCAGCCUUCUCACCGAGCUGGCAGGCAUCCUCCCGGGCAGCCUGGCAGAGCACAUGCCCGUGCUGGUAGCAGGCAUCAUCUUCUCGCUGGCGGACCGCUCCAGCUCCUCCACCAUCCGGAUGGAUGCCCUGGCUUUCUUGCAGGGGCUGCUGGGCACAGAGCCAGCUGAGGCCUUCCACCCCCAGCUGCCCACUCUCCUGCCUCCUGUGAUGGCCUGCGUGGCUGACCCUUUCUACAAGAUCGCAGCCGAGGCUCUGCUGGUGCUCCAGGAGCUGGUGAGGGCCCUGUGGCCGCUGGACAGGCCUCGGGUGCUGGACCCCGAGCCCUACAUUGGAGAGAUGUCCGCGGCCACCCUGGCACGGCUUCGUGCCACCGACCUGGACCAGGAGGUGAAGGAGCGGGCCAUCUCCUGCGUGGGCCACCUCGUGGGCCACCUGGGUGACCGGCUCGGGGACAACCUGGAGCCGUCACUCUUGCUUCUCCUGGACCGCCUGCGGAAUGAGAUCACCCGGCUUUCUGCCGUCAAGGCGCUGACACUGGUGGCCGUGUCCCCACUGCGGAUCGACCUGCAGCCCAUCCUAGCCGAGGCGCUGCCCAUUCUGGCCUCGUUCCUGCGGAAGAACCAGCGGGCGCUGCGGCUGGCCGCCCUGGCUGCCCUGGCCGCCCUGGCCCAGAGUCAGGGCCUUGGCCUCCCGCCAUCCACCGUGCGGGCCGUGCUGGCCGAGCUGCCCUCCCUCGUCAGUGAGAACGACAUGCACGUGGCCCAGCUGGCUGUGGACUUCCUCGCCACCGUGACCCGCGCCCAGCCAGCCUCUUUGGCUGAGGUCAGCGGUCCUGUGCUGGCAGAGCUGCUGCGUUUGCUGCACUCGCCCCUCCUGCCGGCUGGUGUGCUAGCGGCUGCCGAAGGCUUCCUACAGGCCCUGGUGGGGACCCGGCCGCCGUGCGUGGACUACGCUGAGCUCGUCGGCCUGCUCACGGCGCCCGUUUACGAGCAGGUGGCGGACGGCGGGCCCGGCCUGCACAAGCAGGUGUUCCACUCGCUGGCUCGGUGCGUGGCGGCCCUCGCGGUGGCCUGUCCGCAGGAGGUGGUGGACACAGUCAACCGCCUGGUCUCCGAUGCCAGGUCGCCCAGCUCGAGCCCAGGGGUCAAGGUCCUGGCGUUCCUGUCCCUGGCCGAGGUGGGCCAGGUGGCCGGGCCGGGCCCCCAGCGGGAGCUGAAGGCAGUGCUCCUGGAAGCCUUGGGCUCGCCCAGCGAGGACGUGAGGGCGGCUGCCUCCUAUGCGCUGGGCCGCGUGGGCGCGGGGAACCUGCCUGACUUCCUGCCCUUCCUGCUGGGGCAGAUGGAGGCCGAGCCCCGGCGGCGGUACCUGCUGCUACACUCACUCCGGGAGGCCCUGGGGGCCGCCCAGCCCGACAGCCUGAAGCCCUACGCCGAGGACGUCUGGGCCCUGCUGUUCCAGCGCUGCGAGGGCGCCGAGGAGGGCACCCGGGGGGUGGUGGCCGAGUGCCUCGGGAAGCUGGUCCUCGUGAACCCUCCUUUCCUCCUGCCGCGGUUCCGGAAGCAACUUGCUGCAGGUCAGCCACACACCCGCUGCACUGUCAUCACAGCCGUCAAGUUCCUCAUCUCGGACCAGCCCCACCCCAUCGACCCCAUCCUGAAGACCUUCGUUGGAGAGUUCAUGGAGAGCCUGCAGGACCCAGACCUGAAUGUGCGCCGGGCCACCCUGGCUUUCUUCAACUCCGCCGUGCACAACAAGCCCUCACUGGUCCGCGACCUGCUGGACGACAUCCUGCCCCUCCUCUACCAGGAGACGAAGAUCCGCCGGGACCUCAUCCGAGAGGUGGAGAUGGGGCCCUUUAAGCACACGGUGGACGAUGGGCUGGAUGUGCGGAAGGCAGCCUUCGAGUGCAUGUACUCGCUGCUCGAGAGCUGCCUGGGCCAGCUGGACAUCUGCGAGUUCCUGAACCACGUGGAGGACGGCUUGAAGGACCACUACGACAUCCGGAUGCUGACCUUCAUCAUGCUCGCACGACUGGCUACCCUGUGUCCUGUGCCUGUCCUGCAGAGGGUGGACCGGCUCAUCGAGCCCCUCAGGGCCACCUGUACCGCUAAGGUCAAAGCUGGUUCUGUGAAACAGGAGUUUGAGAAGCAAGAUGAACUGAAGCGCUCCGCGAUGAGGGCAGUGGCCACCCUGCUGACCAUCCCAGAAGUGGGGAAGAGCCCCAUCAUGGCUGACUUCUCAUCCCAAAUUCGAUCCAACCCCGAGCUGGCUGCCCUCUUUGAAAGCAUCCAGAAGGAUUCUGCUUCAGCCCCCAGCACAGACUCCAUGGAGCUCAGCUAG